CUGUAGAUCCCCUCGUUGCCUUCCCAAACCUUUUUCCGAUCACAGGGAAGACAAACUUGGCAUUCCCCUAAACCCCUCUUGAAGUAUUUUUGGCUUUUCUUACUAUUCGAAUUCAAAACGUUAAAACCCUAUAUUUUCAAAUCCAUUGUAAGGAUGCUUUGAUUCUCGUGGUUGAAAUCCCAAACUCGUUUGUUUGGAGAGGAAGCUUCAAACAACAAUGGGUCUCUGCACCUCCAAACCCUCCUCCCCAAGCUCCCCCAAUCUUUCUCCUCCUAAACCUAUAUCAGCCAAGAGUAACGAUAAUGGAGUCCCGGUCAAGGAAAGCCGUAAAUCGCAACGGAGUGAUGUUAACGUUAAUGGCGGGAAAUCCGGCGAGGAUGAGAACGGAGAAGAUCUAAGUAAAGAGUUGGAGAACGUAAAGAAAUCUCCAUUUUUUCCGUUCUACAGCCCCAGCCCGGCGCACUACUUCUUCUCGAAAAAGUCGUCGCCGGCAAGAUCUCCGGCGCCUGGAAAUGCGAGCGCCAACUCGACGCCCAAGCGGUUCUUUAAGCGGCCGUUCCCGCCGCCUUCUCCGGCGAAGCAUAUAAUGGCUGUGCUGGCGCGAAGACAUGGAACGGUCAAGCCGAAUCAGGUGUCAAUACCGGAGGGAAGUGAGGUGGAGGGAACGGGGCUUGACAAGAGCUUUGGGUUCUCGAAGAACUUUGGGAGCAAGUAUGAGCUCGGUGAGGAGGUUGGGAGAGGACAUUUUGGUUACACAUGCAAAGCGAGGUUUAAGAAGGGGGAGCUCAAGGGGCAAGAGGUAGCGGUGAAGAUUAUACCUAAGGCUAAGAUGACCACUGCUAUUGCCAUAGAGGAUGUGAGAAGAGAAGUCAAGAUAUUAAGAGCUUUGACUGGACAUAAUAAUCUUGUACAAUUCUAUGACGCAUAUGAAGAUCACGAUAAUGUCUAUAUAGUAAUGGAGUUGUGUGAAGGAGGAGAACUCUUGGACAGAUUACUGUCUAGUGGUGGAAAAUACACAGAAAUUGAUGCUAAGGCUGUCUUGAUCCAGAUUUUGAACGUUGUUGCAUUUUUCCAUCUUCAGGGUGUGGUCCACCGUGAUCUAAAACCAGAAAAUUUUUUGUUCACGUCGAAGGAUGAGAACUCGCAUUUGAAGGCCAUCGAUUUUGGCUUGUCUGAUUUUGUGAAACCGGAUGAAAGGCUCAAUGACAUUGUUGGUAGUGCAUACUAUGUGGCACCUGAAGUUCUACAUAGAUCUUACAGUGUGGAAGCUGAUGUAUGGAGCAUUGGUGUGAUUGCAUAUAUUCUGUUGUGUGGCAGCCGUCCAUUUUGGGCCCGCUCUGAGUCUGGCAUCUUUCGCGCUGUUCUAAAAGCUGAUCCAAGUUUUGAAGAGGCACCAUGGCCUUCUCUAUCAUCCGAGGCAAAAGACUUUGUGAAGCGCUUGCUAAAUAAAGAUCCAAGAAAAAGAUUGACUGCUGGUCAAGCUUUAAGUCAUCCGUGGAUAAAGAACUCUAAUGAUGUAGAAGUGCCUCUGGAUAUUCUAAUAUUCAAGCUCAUGAAGGCUUAUAUGCGUUCUUCAGCUCUUCGGAAGGCUGCCCUAAGGGCUCUGUCUAAAACAUUGACGGUAGAUGAGCUAUUUUAUUUGAAGAAGCAAUUUGCAUUAUUGGAGCCAAGCAAAAAUGGAACUAUAAGCUUAGAAAAUAUUAAAGCGGCUUUGAUGAAACAUACAACAGAUGCAAUGAAAGAUUCUCGCACUCCUGAUUUUUUAGCUUCACUUAAUGCACUUCAAUACAGAAGAAUGGACUUCGAAGAAUUUUGUGCAGCAGCACUAAGUGUCCAUCAGCUGGAAGCACUUGAUCGAUGGGAGCAACAUGCCCGUUGUGCAUAUGAGCUUUUUGAGGAAGACGGAAACAAGGAAAUAGUCAUUGAGGAACUAGCUUCUGAGCUUGGUCUAAGCCCUUCCAUUCCUGUUCAUGCUGUUCUACACGAUUGGAUUAGGCACACUGACGGGAAGCUGAGCUUCCUUGGGUUUGUCAAAUUGUUACAUGGUGUCUCCAGCCGUAACCUCGCUAAAGCUCAAUGAAGGUUAGAGAAUCAUCACGAUCAGUUUGUCAAUGUUUAUCUGUUUUGGCAAAUAAAAAUGCUGGCAAGAGAUGGCCUAUAAAACUUGCAGACUACGGAGGCAUACUCCCUUAAGACAUUUAUGCCCACCUUAAGGAGUAGAGUCUGGCAGCAUUUCCCCCUUUUCGCGGCAUCAACCUUAUAGGCUUAUACAAAUAUAAUUGGAAUUAUUGUAACCUUGUCUUCUCGACUUGAUAAAGCUCCAUCACUUGUACUUCCCAUUGGUCAAGCUGAAUCUAGAUGUCAUUAGUUGGAGUGAGAGAGUUCCUGUGCUGAGCUGAGCUGAGCUGUUGAACACUUGGUUUUCUUUUUUUGUUUUUGUACUUGUCGAAUACUUGUCCAUUAAUUGUAUCAUCCAGAGUCUCCAGACUACGGUUCAUAUUUUAGGAUUUAUUUUUAUCUCUGAAGUCUCUUUGCUGUGGCUUCGUUGAUACAUUUUUCGAGCAAAGGAAAAUAGGAAGGGGUGGCUGGGUGGGAGCUGUUGUAAAGUUUUUACAAAAUUUUGUUUUAUUUUAAAAAAAAUUACAAAUG